GGUAUUGAAGUAUUCACUAACUUGCGUCUCUGAGUACAUACGCGCAUUUUAAGCGCAUUGAGCCAUGUCUUUAAACAACUCCUUUGCCAGCCCGUUUCUUUUGCUUUUGUUUGUUGUUUUAUUCUCAGUAACUGAUGCAGAGGAAUGCGAAGUGUGUGUCGGGUUUCUGGGGCGGCUUUAUAACUCAUUGGUGAUCAGACACAAAGAGCUGACCCCAGAGCUAGUGGAGGAGGGUUUGAUCAGAGCGUGUGCUGAAGCUACAGGAAAAGAAAACCGACUAUGUUAUUACCUGGGAGCCUCCAGUGAUGCAGCAGCCAAAGCAACAGGUGAGGUGAGCCGCCCCCUCAGUGCACAUGUUCCUGUCCACAAAAUUUGCCUAAGACUUCAGCACAUGGACGGACAGAUCUGUGAGCUCAGAUAUGAACGUCCAGUGCUUGACUGGAGCAGAGAUUCUUUGUUUAAAAUGCGCGUGCUUGAGCUGAAGAAAGUGUUGGCGUCUUGGGGGGAGGAGUGCAGAGCCUGUCUUGAGAAGAGCGAAUUUAUAGAUCUCAUCCAGAAGGUGGCCUCCAAACACAGCACAGCGCAGCACAGAACACAUGCAGAGGAGUUCUGAGGGCCUCCUCGUGCAGCUCCGUGCUGGGGACACAGAGUAUUAAUGAGAGGGCCUACUCAUGCAGCUCUAUGCUGGGGACACAUGGCUGUAAUGGGAGGAGCUGCACGUGCAGCUGCGCUCAGGGACACUGUUGAUAUUGCACUGAGAUUCUUAACUUAUAUUGCUCUUCAUAGUAAUAGUUACAAAAUGCUAAUGUGCAAUCUGUGCACUGUUCCCCAGUCUCUCAUUCUCCUGUACUGCUGUAAGCAUUUUCUCCUUCAUACUCAGAAUAAAUUAUUAAGCUUUAUUAGUUUCUGUGAUUAAGAGGUUGCUUGCAGAGAUGCUGGCUGGUUUGCUUUUCCAGCCAUUUAAUCAAUUAAGUUAACUUCAUUUAAGUACAUCCCCCAUUAUCAUUACUGUUAUGCAAAAACAAAAUCUCAAUCUCUUUACUGUAUUGCAAACAAAAUCUGUAUUAUCUAAAUUGCAUUUAUACAUCAUGGUUAUAUUUGUUGUACCUUUAAUUUAUGCUGAUUUAAAUACAAAAAUCAUGUAUUAUGCUCAUUUAAAAUACUGUGAUACAGUACAAAAAAUAUUGUAUACAGUGUAUAGAGCGCAACCGUCUGCUUCCAAAAGUAAAAAUCCCAUUCAUGUUUUCCAUAGGUAAAAUUAGUUUUAAAGAUAACUUUUAAAGAUAGACUAGCCAUGAGCUACGAAGUUGUUAAUCAAUGGUAUAUGCUUCUGUUGAAGCCAUCACUUCACAUUAUUUCAACUUCAUAAAAAUAAAAAAAAUGCAUUUAAUAGUGGAAUUUGGGGUGAAUAAUUAACAAAGUCGCUAACAAAGUGCGCCAAGAGAGCUAUGCAGUGACUGGCCACUCCCAUAAUACAUUGUAAAUGAUGUAAUCAUGUCAAUCUCCCCACAUUCUCAAACUACUAUGUUUCUUGGCUUAAUUCUUUAAUGAAGGAUUUUAUGUUGCACUCUGUUACAGUAUUAAGAAUCACUAUUGACAGUAAUGGGAAUUUCAGGUAAAACUCAGUACAAAAAUGAAAAUUUAGGGGAAAUGUUGUCAUGAAAAUGUUAUAAUGCAAUCUUAAUGGUCUUAAAAAUAUGCUUAAUUUUCUUUUGGGGUGAAAUGUGGCCUGGACAUGUUUUCAUGAGAUUAAUUUGUGUACAUUCGUGUCCAUUUCAUUUUUUUUUUUUGUUUUUUUUUUUGGUAAAAUCAGUAUCUGUCUUUGCCUGUUUGUUUAAAGAAUAUUCCGGGUUCAAUACAAUAGACAGCAUUUGUGGUAUAAUAUUGAUUACCACAAAAAAAAAACACCCAUUCCUCCUUUUCUAUAAAAAAUCGAGGUCACAGUGAGGCACUGUGAUGAUGGGGUCGUGGCCGAGCAAAGUAUGUGGAGAGCGAGGCCACGAGAGAAAGAACGGUAAGGAUUGACACCUGUGGGAAAUAAUCUCUAACAGCUGUUUGUGUUUGCAGUGAGAGCUGAGAGGGAUAUAAAAGAGAAGUCCAGUCCGCUGGAGGAGAGAGAGAGAGAGACAUGCAGCAGAGUGUUCUGUGUGUUUUGUGUUGUACUGAAAAGCAAACCUUGUUGUGUUAACCUAGAAAGUGUGUAAAAUAAAAGACUUGUGUUGAA